AUGCAUAUCUCGGUCAUCUUUUCGAAGACAAAUAGCACCAUGCCGCGUCCCAAACGAAAAACUAAGGCCGAGGAUCUCGCCAGGGCCCGCAAUAACCAGCGCAGAUCACGAGAGCGAAGAAAGCAACGAGUAAUUGAACUUGAGCAAAGGGUCCGUGAGCUCGAGGAGGCAGCAGCUCUAGUCCCAGCACCGAGCCUAGAGGCCGAAAAUCGUGCCUUGAAAGAGUUGUUGGAGUCUGUAGGGUUCGACAGGGCGUCCGUCGAGUGGUAUCUCCAGGGUGCUACCGGUGUUCGUGGGCUGGAGCUGCAGAAUUCCGUGGACUCUUACUCUGCCUUUGAUUCAGCGGCCGUUCUAUCGUCGGUUACGCAGUUUUUCGGAACGGAAUCGACAAUGCCAAUUCCGUCUGAUGGCGCAAGGCAAGAGGCAAAUCAGCUCGACACUAUAAAUGCUUCUAGCUUUACUGGACUUGACUUCAGCCAUGCCUUAUCAGCGCCGUUCGGCUUUUCUCGGCAGCCUGAUACUCUCGGAUUCAUUGAGACGUCAGAAAACGUGAUCCAGAAUCAGGAUGUAUCAGGACCCGACGCUGUAGGUGAUAAUCUAUCCGAGAUCCUCGACAGCCUGGGUGGAGGAAACCCGAUUCCGACAGGCUCGGUGAACGAGACGACAACACUAUGCAGCAUCGCCUUUCAUAUGGUCAUCCAGUGCAACCGCACAGGGAGAGAUGUGUUUGAGCUGGAGAGCAAGCUACGAUACGGAUACAGGAUGCCGGCUUCGCCCGGGGAAGGAUGUCGAGUCGAUAACAAGACACUUUUGGCUGUACUCGCUGAACUGCUUUGA